AGAGGCUUUUCCCGAUGACACAAAAACGUAAAACAAAAAUGUGAGGGAAAACCUGGUAGAAGCUAUUGAUGAUGAAUGGAUGGAUACAAAUAUGUUUGAAUGCCGAGUCAUGUUCAUAUAAUCUCAGACAAAUAACUGCAGUGUAAAACCAUCCAUAGAAAGUACUAUAUGCCAGCGAAACAACACGCACUCAGAAAUGUAAUUCCUCUUGUGGAGGUAAAUUAACAAAAAGGGGACAUUUGCAUAUGUUAUGGUCUUGUGGAGGCUGGCUGAAUUCUGGCAAAGAGUAUGUUCUUUUAUCUCAGCAUGUCUACAGAUUCUCCCUUCUCCCUGUUUUUGUUUGCUCGGAAAUGUUGAGACCGGAGACUUAUCACAAGAAACUAUAACCAAGCAUUUAUUAGCGGCUAAGAAAUGCAUUGCCAUUAAUUGGAAGGUUGGUUAUCCUUCCACAAUAACACAAAGGAUGGAAGAAAUGUCAAGUUAUGUAUCACUAUAUUUGAUUACAAGAUUAAGGCUAUAUUGGGCAACUUUCAUAAAGUCUGGAUGCCUUCUAUGGAAUACAGUAUGACAAAAGAAGUCUAUUGAAAACAUGCCCACGUCAGAGGAGAUAUCUAUUUAGGCAAUUCCUAGCUGCUGGGCUGCUCAGUCUUGGCCCUGGGGGGCUGCCGUCCUGUAGUUUGUCACUCUGGCCUAACACACCCGAAACCAGUAAUGAAUGUUUCACUAAGAUCCUAAAGCUGAGUGGGGGGGCUGCAGGGUGGUGGACCCCUAGGAACAGGAUGGGGCAACCCAGCUAUAUUGUGUGCAAGUAAAAAUAGCUCUUACAGUGUCCUAUUACAGAUUAAUUAUAUGGAGGAUGUGCUGUUUGUUUGUAAAUGUAUGUUAUUUUUUAUUACUUGUUUCCAAACAUUUCCCUUGGGAAUAAAAAGAAAAAAUGGGAAGGAAAUAUUUAUGGGAGAGUCUUGUUAUUGACUAGACUGGUGCGAGUCAGGCGUGCAGGCGGCUGGCUAAAAGUGCCCAUCCUACGUGACGAGGGUCUUAUGAGGACAGAACAUAUCAGUACUAGCCUAGACAUUCAGUGUGGCCUACCAGCAUUUAACCAAACUGAUCAGAGUGAGAGUGCAUGCCCUGGAGGUAGCAUAGCUAAUGUAAUGUGUAAGCUGGGCUACUAAUUAUUUAAUGCGCAGAACUGCCUGGGCAUAAUUUAUGAAUACUAGGUAACUAGCUAGACGCAAAACCAUUUCCCCAGUUCAAAUGCGCAAGUGCUUGAAUCUUCGCACGUGUUGUCGCGCCCUAUGAAGAUAGCUAGCUAAAUAGCAAGCUAACGUUAGCAGAUUAUCUUUGGUCUCAACCAUGUGGUUGGACAUGAGCCAGGAUGUCAUUCAUCGCAUCAAAUGAAUACCGAGUGAGUAUUUAGAAUGCGAGUGGUGGGUACGGUUUCAUGCGUGAUAAAACUACAAUUGUCAGCCAAAGCGAGACGAAAUAAAUUCGUAGAAUCCGAACAUCAAGGCGGACAUUUUGAGUGCCCCUCUAGCUAUCAAGUCGACCGAAUGGAAAGCUAGCCAGCUGACUAGCUUAGCCAUCUGCAACUUAACACUAAAUAAUAAUUUUGCAUCAUACACUUAGUUAUAUAGUUAUCUAACGUUAGCAACGUAUUAGCUAGAUGGCUAGCACGAGCGCAAUCAAGCAAGUUAAUUAGUAUGUGCAUGGCUGCGAACAAAGGGAUACGACUGCAAUUGUGAUUCGUGGCUGCAGUGUAGUCAGACAGAGGCCUCCAUCAAUGAAUUGUUUGUUCCAAGUCCCUAAACGGCUAUUAUUACUUUAGAAACUGAAAUACACGCAAAACUGUUGUAUAAACGACCAAUUUAUUGGUAACUGUUCUUUAUGUGCAACCAGUGCGUUACGAAUCCGGGAACCGGUCAAUGAUCACGGCCAAUAUCAACCUCUUCAAACUGUUUAGUAGACAGGCUAACUGCUGGCUAAAACACUGCUGAAUGCACGAGAAUGCGGACAAGGAGGUUUGUCAUCUGUUUUCUUGGAGCCUGGUGGGGAUGGAUGCAACCAUACUACAAGGCAGGACAUUUCUCUGUAUCCAAGUUGAGGCUUGCUACCAGCAGGAACAUGGAGCACUCUGUCAGUGCUACAGAGACGGAAUGGUCCAAUGACCUCCAGAGCUUUCUGACCAACUACCUGCAGGUAGUUCUCUCCAGAGGACAGAGAAGUUCAUCACCCUCUGUGUGCUGGUUCCAGUGCUGGUUUCAGUGCCCCUACCUCUGCUCCUACCUCUUCUCAGUUGGCCCUUCACAACUGGCCAGCUUUUCCCUGAGCAUGGUGACACCGGGUGGAACGUCACAGACCCAGUAGAUGACCUCUGGAGCUGGGCUCAGUCCUAACGGCAAAAGCUUCAAAAUGCUGGCCAUCAUUGAGUCCUGGAAAGAGGAGGGGAGCUGCUACGAGGACAGCACCAGUCAGUUUCUGUUCAUCUUUCUAUUAAAGGUGGGCCUGGACUGUCUGGUCCUGUCAAUGUGCUUGCGCUGGCUGCACACCUCCUUCAUGGACGUCUGUGGCCUCUCUGUCUUCCUGGUCGAUGUGGUGUUGGUGUGCGCUGUGGCGGCUGUGUGGUUCCUCGGACCCGCCCGCUCCCCGGUGUCCAUCUGCUUCCUCUUGGCGCAUGCUUCAGCCGUGUUCAACGCGCUGCCUCUGCCCAUGCUGGGCCUGGGGCUGCUGGACUACGCCUCCGAGCCACGCUACACCGCCUGCCACGUCGCCCCCUGUAGGGACCUGUGGAACUACGCCCUGACGCUGCUGGUGUGGGUGCUGGCCGGCGUGUACUCCUGCUGCUCAGCCGUCACCAACCUCAUAGAGGUUGAGUACGAGGGAGGGAGGAACGCUUUAGGGUGCGCGGUGCAGGAGUCUGUGUUUGUGGUACAUUUCUCAGUGGGGAUCUCCGUAGCCAUCUGCUGUGUAAUGCUGCUCCACUACAAACAGCUGUCUUUGUGGCUGAAGGAGGCCAACAGGCUGUCAGAGCAGAUGGACAAUGUUAACCCAAUGCUGCAGAGCCACUUGAGCUUCAGGUAUGCCAAGUUACAGCAGCUAGGGGGUGAUGAGGACGAGGAGAAAGCACUGGUGGUGGAGAGCGAAUGGCACAGGCCCCCCCUUUACCUCAGCCUGACUUUGGACUUCGGCACAACGUGGGCAUCUUACCUGGUCAUGUGCAUCGCCUGUGAGCUCUUGGGCCUUGCAGUCCCUGCCUACAUCAGCGUCAACCUCCUAUGGUUGGAGUGCGCCAACAGCAUAUUGGUGGGGCUGGUGUUCUGGCUCAAGAGCGACUGGCUGGGGCCUUACACCGAUCGCCCGGACAACAUCUGCCAGUGGCAUGUUUACUGGCACUUAAAGUAAAGAUUCAUCCAUUUUUUAAAUUUCUUUCAAACAUUUUCUUUUACAAUUUUCCAUACAGACAAAACCAACAAUAACACACACAAAUUAUAUGUAUAUAUAUUGUUAUAUUGUUUUUGGCAUCUCUGAACAAUGUUCUAUCGAUUCCCUGGGUCAAUUCAUGUUUUCAUGUGUAUCUGAGAUAUUGCCGUUCAAGCAGUUAGAAAUUCGGCCCGUAUGACGUAGCAUUGAGAUAAAGCCGUUCUCAAUACACUGGAAGUUAAUAGGAAAACUACUUUUAGAUCAUGAAAACGUCUAUCAUACAUGACAGAUUUCAAUAAUGGCCGAUGUCAUAACGCGGUAGGUUGUCUUCUCUCGAAUGAGCCAUUGAUCAUAUUUUUGCAAUAUUUCUACCUCGAGACAUUUGUAAUUUAACAGAGGGUUUAACACAUUUCUCCUAUUUAUCUGCCUCUUCAGUCCAGGGUGCAUUGCAUGGUGCCGUUGCGAAUUUUAGACCACUCUGUGAGGCACAUCG